AUGACCUCUGAAUCCCCAGAGGAGAUGCAAACACACUUAUCCUUCCUGAAACAAGCACUGGACCUCGCGUCCCUCUCACCUCCCAGGCCAACUAACUUCCGCGUCGGUUGCAUCAUCGUUUCUCAAUCUCCCUCCCCUAACUCGUCAGUGCUCGCGACAGGCUACACGAUCGAACUGCCCGGUAACACGCACGCAGAGCAGAACGCACUCUCCAAACUCGCGGCCCAACAUAGCGUGCCAGAGACACGACUGAACGAGAUCCUCACGCCCGAAUUGAACGCGGUACUGUACACGACGCUCGAACCCUGUGGGAAACGACUGAGCGGCAACUUGUCGUGUGUAGAGCGAAUUAUCGCUACGCGAGCAGGCAGGGCUGCGGCUAAUGAGACAAAUGGAGCAGGGAUCAGAAAAGUCAUCUUCGGCGCCAGAGAGCCAGGUACGUUUAUUCAGGAUUCGAAGAGUCUGCCGCGUCUGGGUGAGGCGGGGGUAGAGUGGGUUUAUGUGCCUGGUUUGGAAGAGGAGAUUUUGAAAGUGGCCAUGGCGGGACAUGACAAUAAUAACACUAGUCCUGAACGGUCACAACAGCAAAACUCAGAAUUCGAAAUGAGAAAAGGAGUAGGGAUCGAAACAAGGACACAAGCUCGGACGCAAACAGAAUCGGAAUCAGGGACGAAUGUCGACGAUAUCACGCCCGAAGAGAGGAGGAGGCAGGAGGCUUUGCCACGGAAUCCGAAGAAGAGAAUGAUGGAGGUCGAUGUGAAUCAGUGA